AUGAGGAUGGAUAUUACCCAGCACCACCGCUUCCUGGUCUUGAAAAAAUCCCUCGUUCAUGAGUUCUCUCGUCGAGCUUAUUUUGAGUCGCCUUCUAAUGGACAUGUCAGCCGAAAAUAUGACAUCGAUGAUGCUCAACGGUCUGGUCGCCCACAUGAAAUUGAAACGUUCAAUGUUAAAAGGCCAUUGUUGUUCAAAAUCCGCAAUCGGUGCGAUAGAUUGCUGUGA